CGAGACAAAAAAUUGACAUUAAGAUAUUGAUGAAAAAUUCACGGUGACUCGUGCAAUUAAAUUAAAUUUAAUUAAAUUCACUAAUUAAAUAAGUUAAAGCACUCUCAUACUGGGAGACACGGAACAUAUAACACUGCGAUCUUUGAGCAGCUACUACUAACGUACGAGAGUAAUUUAUUCAGAUUAUAUCGAGGUUCAAGUGAUACCGAGCUAAACUCUUCAAUUAGUGUAACAGCAUCGCGGGAUAGCAAAUCAACUCGCUGUCGUAGAUCCAGAAAAUGAGAACGAUGAAGCUGUCCGUCCUCUUAAUGGUCCUUUAUCUUUGCCUCGACGUUAGCUACACUAGGGAGAUCACCCAUGAGGACAUCAAAGAGGCUAUGCUGAGCUUAGUGCACAUGAUGCGGGAGAACACGGAGAAGCUGGAAAGGCACGAGGCGAGAGAGCGGCAGCUGGGCGAGCAACUGAAGAAGACCAUAGCUGUACUGGUAAAGCGCGUGACCGCAGUGGACGGUCUGAAGCUGCAACUGAGCAAGAUAGACGAAAAGAUCUCGGGAAUAGAGCAACUGAUCGCACAGAGGGACGAGAGGGAGCGCAUACAGAUGCAGAAAACGGCGGACAGCCUGGAGGAUCUGGAGAGCCGCCUGGAAGCCUGGCUCACUGAAAUUGAGAACAAAGUGGCGGAGGUGAGCAAUCGACCUGAGCCGACUCCAGCGCCGAGCAAUAAUCUCGUCGACAUUCUUGACAAACUGAACAGCACCGAGAGCAAUUUGAUAGAGGAGAUGGCGAGGUUGAAGGAAGGCCUGCACGAUAACACGGCAAAGAGAGAGAAAGAUUCGAAUGCGCUGAUGGAAAAAACGUGGAAGAUUUUCUCGGAGGUUCAAGAUGUAGCCGCCAAGAUCGGGGACAUCGAGAUCUCUCUGGAGAGGAUAAAACAGAUGACGCAAAGCAUCCAAGAGAAACCGACGGCACCGGUGGACCCGACACCGGCGGUCGACGAUCACUUGAGGACUUUGGUGCGAGUGCAGGAACUGCUGGAGGACACUUCCUUCAGGAUGCAAGAGUUACCUAGGAUAAGUGACGUGCAAACGUUGCACAACGAGACGCAGACCAUGCUGCAGGAGGCGAAGCACACGUUGAAGGAUAUCGUUACACAAAGCAUGGAUCACAUCACGGACGGAGUAAAGGAAGCCAAGGAAGAGACGAAGGAUGCUGUGACGGCAUUACGAAUGGAUCUGGCUAACAACGCAGAGCGCGUUAAUCACGAGCUGCAGGAUCUGAGCAAGGGUCAAUCUGUGAUGGUUUCUAUGGCCGAUCAUGUGUUGGACACGAAGAAGAGAGUGGAGUACGGUGUGCACCAGAUCCUGUUAGAGGUGGGCGAUUUAGUGAAGACCCAAGGCAACAAUAUCAACAACACUCUCAACCAAAGAUUCGACGGAAUCUCAAGUGACAUUAUGGACAACCAGAACGGCGCACUGGCGAAUCUCACCAGCAAGAUGGAGCAGGAAAUGAACAAGGUCUGGAGGCAGAUCAACGUCAUGUACCAGCAGAUGACGGAGAGCGCCCGAGCUUUGGACAAGCUGCAUCAGCAGAACGAAGUGUACGUCAAUGGCACAACGUCCACCAUGGGUGGAAUGGAGAGCAAGGUCGGCGAGAUAACGAAACGCAUGAGGGAGGUGGACGAGAACUUGAAUUACCUGCUCGGUCGGCUGUCCCUGGUGACGCAGGAGUUCAACCAGAUCAAAAUGGGCUUGGGGGCUGCGUUGGAUAACAUCAAAGCCUCCUUCAAGGUGGUGCAGCAGAAGGCGUUGGAUCUGAGCCACCCCGGUCCGCAUCCUCUUCCGGAAAAUUACAACGCUGACUUGAAUAAGUCCGAGACUAGGAAGCCAGAUGGUAAGGCACCGUUGGACUUCAUGAAUCAUCUGAGUAACGUGCCUUCCAGCUGAUCCUGAGUUCUCUAAAAUCUUAACUGCGUUUGCUUAUGACAUUUUCAAGUUUUGUAAGCAUGUGAAAGCUCUCUGAUAACCUGACUCUUAUGAUCCUUUACAGUCAAUAGAUCGAUAUUCUCUUCUCCCAACGAUACUUUAGGCAUCCCUUAUUCUAUCCUGUUCAUCUUUACAUGAUGUCAACUGUUUGUUCCAGUUGUCACUGUAAAGUAAGCCAUGUCUAAGUCUCAAGUCGAGCUGCUGCUGGCUUGGAUUAGUUUCAGUAAGCAGAAAUGGUAGCCAUCUCUUCAUCCUUAGCAAAUUAACAUUCAACAGCAUCAUCACCGCCACGAUUAUCAUCAUCUUUAUCUUCAUCAUCGUCAUCAUCAUUAUCAUAAACAUCAUCAGAGACUCCGGAUCGCAAUACACUGUGACACGGCGAAUCUUUUUGCUGAAUAUAUCUAGGUUCUGAAUCGUUCAGAUUUCUCUCACCUCGUGUCUGAAUUCGAUAGAAUGUCCUAUGCAAAAAUCGACAAAUCAAUUAUACAACGAGCUAAUAUUCGUUACAAUAUAACGUGUUACAUCUGUAAGAAUGUAAUCAAUAAACUGUGGAUGUUCAUGCAAGACUCUUUACGGAAAAUACGCAAGUAAGGAACUUAUUUUCUUGCGUAGUACUUGGGUAAACAUCCGCAAUCUCGUAAUUAGUAUCAGAUGAAUAGGAUCUUAUUAAUUCUCAAUAGUCUACUUCGAUACCUCUGCAUAGAAGAGGAGGCGGGAUACUACGCUACCAGGAUAUCGUAGGUUUUAGUGAAAUGUUAUAUUUCUAUAACUGUUAGUUAUAAAAUGAAAUGAAUAAAACAGCUAUAUAAAAAGAAAAGGACCCAGAAUAUGCGAGAAAAAGUAAAAUAUCGUGAGAGAAACAUAAAAUCCCUAUUAAUCUUGUCGUAGUCGUGAGAGGAUCAUUAAAUUCCGCAUAUAUCUAUUGCAAGUGGAUUCAUAUCGGUUUCUCGUAAUUGAUAUGUGCCAUCAUUGUAGAAUCACGUCAUGCCAGCACAUUCACGCAUCUGCCUCUCUCGUUCUCGCUUAUAUAAAUCUUACAUAUACAUUUUAUCGUACAUUGUAUAGGAUAUUCACAGCUGGUAGCAUAUACAAGAUCAAUGCGCCACGUUCGUGUUGUAACAGUUCUUUAUUUCUAAACGGUAGAAAAUAUUUUUACUUACGCAAGAGUGCAAAGAGGGACUGACGGAGCCUGCAUGCGUUGCAAUAAUUAGAUCCGCGUUCGCUGCGCAAGCGGAAGCCUACGCCUGGAAAAAUGAAUUUUCUUUUCUCUCUCGCUGAUAAUUCAAUUUUGGCAAAAUACAAGUGAUUGUGACCUUUAUAGCUUUAUACAACGCAUCGAAAGGAGCUCGAGUUUCGAGGAUCCAAACUUUUAGAGACUCGAGGUCCCGAGAUUUACAAAGAUCCGUAAAGAUAUUGAAGAAAAUCAAGAGAUUUCCUCCAAGAUCUUUUCCAUCGUUGAAAAGACCUGGGAGAUUCGCUGAACCCAAAAUCUCUCGAUGUUCUAAAUGCCCGAGUUGUCCGAAGACUGCGAUGUUUCGACAAAAAAUUACUCGCAAGAACUUAAAAUUCCGCAAAAUCAGAGACAAAUAUUAAUGUUGCGAGAAUUUCAGUUAUAAAGAUUCGCGCGCGCGCGCAUGGCGAAAUUACUUCGAAGAAAUGACCAUUAGAAUACGAAUAAAAUUCUAGCCGUAAAAAUUUCCCCUUCUUUUUUAGGUUCCCAAAUAACGGAAAGAGAAUCAAAGCUAACGGUGAAUCAUAACGAAUCCGAACAAAGGAGAUCCGCGAGUUCGUAGAACCGCUAAGUUCUGGAUGCUCCUCGGAUAUCGCGCGCGCUGAACAUAUAUAUAUAUAUACCUCUUCUCCCCUAAUCUUUCUCUCGAGAACGCAGCCUCGCCUUGAGUUCGGCAAAAUGUUAUUGUUAUUAUUUACAAUAUACGUGUGUACAGAUUAAAAUGCUACCGUCUCGCCUUAAACCACGAACUUGGUACGUUGGCUAUUGAACCUAUGUAAGUCGCGCGCUCGCGAGGAUACGCGCAAGGACGAGGGGGCCGUGGAGAGGAUCGUAGAUCGCCUUUGUGCAUAUGUGUGUGAGCCUUUUCCUCGUCUAUCCCCCUCCUGCCACCUGUGUGUGUGUUUGUUUGCGUAUGUUCGUAGGAGCGAUCGUACGUACGGCAAUCUCGAUGGUGUACCAUUACAUUACAUUACAUUACAUUACAUUAUAUUAUACUUUGAGCUCCGAUAAUGUUUUUUUCAUUUUUUUGUUUAAGCUAUGUGAACUGUAUAGAUAGAGACGUACUUUACAUUAAAGCAUAGGUCCAUUUAAUCACGUAAUGGACGACGACGCGUUCUUUUUUUUUUCUUUUGCACGCCUAUGUACGUUGAAGAUUAACAACUAAACAAC